CUCGGGAGGAAAACACUCAGGGAAUAUUAUAUGUUGUACACACAACACAUCAUCAAAAGUACACACAGCGUACAGAAUUAUUAUCGGAUCGCCUUCGACCGUCGAAUAGUUGCCGUCCGUCAGUCAGUCACUGAGGCCACGAGAGAAUGGAGUGCUGAGAGACCAACGCCUCAAGAGAGAGAUUACACUCUUAUCUGCAUCUCUUCCCUUCGCCAAAAGUGAUUACUCAGUGUGGACCAUCGCCAGAGGAUCCCAUUCAGCAGCAGCGCACUCAAUAUAUAAUUUCACUUCUCAAAACCGAUACACAUCAAAUCACCAACAGAGCCACACACCGGACAAGGUUCAAAGAAUGUCCAUCGUUUGUGUCUCUAAAAUUCGAAAUAUGAGAUUGAAAGUCUCUCGUUUGUGAGUUGUGUUGAAUCGGGGUGAAUAUAUACACUUCUUCACAAAGUGAUAUGUAGUGAGAAAUUGUCUAUAAAUACGUAAUUUUACUAUCUCUCGUGCGUGCUUUUUAGCUCUACAACACUCUCAUCAUCAGCACGACUAUUUCUCAUAUACAAAAAUAACAGCCAUUGAACCGAUACCCUCAUUGUGUGUUUAGUUUCAUUCAAAAACGAUUGAUUAAAAUUGUUCAGUGCCUCUGUGGGAAAGUUGAGAAGUGAGAGAAAGAAUCCUGGAAUGAAAUUGCCAUAAGUAUAUUUCCCCCCCCCCCCACUCAAAUUGUGCACUCAUCAGCCCGAAUGUGAUAAAACAAACUCCCAACAGUAAAAGCGUGUUAAGUAAUCAUAUUCUCCACGUGUUGCACAAGACUCAUCACCAGCAAAAAUAGCAACGUAUUGUGCUCAAGAGAGACUCAUUCACGAUUACCUACCAAUUCAAACAGGUGAGAAAGUGGCCAAAGUCGUGAAGUAUAUUUUGCAAGAACCGGCUCAAAAAAGACACUCAUCAUGCUGAGUUCUUGAGCAUUUUUGCCGGCAAAGACAGACCACGAGUGUGCACAAAAAAAAACCGGUAAUUUAUCUCAGAUAUACUCUCUAAUUACCUAUUUUUAGCAGUGUGUUUGUGUUGCUGUUCAGUAAAAUGUGUGUGAUACAAUUUUCACCACACCACAAGUGAACACACGUAAUAUCAAGAGAAAAUAAAACACUCAAUCGCCGGUGUAGAAUGCUUAGAAUCGCAGGUGAACAGCAACAACAUUUGCGCCAGGAAUUCACCGUGAGUUUGCCGGAGAGAGUGGAGAGGAGUGGUCAGAAAGUGGCUCAGCAAAUUAAUUUGAUAAGAUAAAAACGGCCCCCCGAAUAAUCUCCUCAGCCAUAGUCACAAUAAAAGUUAAUAGCAAAUUAUUAACGAACAAAAAAAAACACAGAGAAACGCUAUGCAACCCAAAUGAGACACGCAGUAUAACACGUAAAAAAGAGUGGGAGAAAAUCCAGAACCUUUACACCGAGUAAUAUGAUAAGGAAAAGGCAACAUUUUUGUGGCUCAGACAAUCUUCGAUAUCGCACAUGAAAUUCAGUGAUUCCGUGAAGUUGACUGCUGCCGGAUGGCUUUGGCGCACAAAAAACCACUCUUCAUCAUCGGCCCAGAAAACAGUUCAUCAGCGUGACAAAAUAGCCAAUUCAUCAGUGAACUUCAAUCUUUGCGUGUGUAUCAAUUAAAUUGAUCUAAUUCAAUUUCUCAACUAAAACACACACACAAACAUACAAGAAGACAGUGGAGAAUAAAUUGAACCAAUUCACGGCGAGACGAAAUAAAAAGAAUUGUGAAAAGAAAUAGCAAAUAUUGAAGAAGCUGCAUUUUUUGUUCCACCAGCAAAAAUGGAUUACAAAUUAACACUUGGACUGAUUGUAUUUGUAGGAAUUUUAUCAAUGAGAUGUAGCAUAGUAAAGGCAAAUGCCACGGACGAGGAGUAUGAAGAGUAUGAGGAUGAAGAUUAUAUGGAAGAGAGUGAAAAUCAAACUGAUAAAGCGCCUGAUAAGUCGCUGGAGAGAUUCAACAUUACCGAAUUGGCGGAAAAGGUGAAAGAGGCGUUUAGCGAAAAAUCCGUUGAGUCAACUGCAGGGGAAGUGCUUGACGACGAGGAGAGUGAUGCGGAUGGGGAAAUUCCUGCGCAAGAAUGCCCAACGGAGUGUUCUUGUCUUCCGCACUCCUUUGUUGACUGCAGUCGGCGAAAUUUGACACAAGUGCCCGCAAAUCUGCCGCCAAACACCACAUUUAUCGAUCUCAAUCACAACCUCAUCACCACAGUGCACAUUGAUGAUUUCAGCAAUGCGACGCACCUCAGAGAAAUCCACCUGCGUGGCAAUCAGCUGGCCAGCAUUGAUAAAAUGGCAUUUGCCCAACUAGACCGGCUCGAUAGUGUCGACCUGUCACACAAUCAUCUCAAGCACAUCGAUCCGGACACUCUGGCCCAUUCGCCAGACGUGAAGAAGGUGAACCUGAGUGGAAAUCCACUGGAGAUUCCAGCAGACGCAUCACUGCUGAAUGCACCGAGUCUGGAGGAGCUCGACUUGAGUGACUGCAAUAUCAGCAAUCUCCAUCUCACCACCUUCACAAAUCUGAGUGGUUUGGUGGCACUCAAUCUCUACAACAAUCCCAUCGAUGAGAACUUGAAUGUCGACGUGUUCAAGCCACUGGAGAGUCUGCAGCACUUCCAGAGCAUCACAUUGCAUCAGGACAACAUUCCAGAGUUAUGUGACAAUCUCGUGUCCAUAGAUGAAAUACGCUUUCCCACAUUCAUCCUGAGUUGCUUCGAAUUGGCAUCGGGAUCGACAUUUGAGGAGAGCAUCGCCACGCAUCCACCAUCAACAGUGUCACCGCCACCGACAUCCACAACGCCACACACUCCGUCAACCACCAAAUCAGUCAGCGCAGAGUCCUCUGAAUCCACAUCAUCGACAACCGCUGCACCCGAAAAUCGAAAGGACCUCAGUUCAAUAUCCAGCGAAGUUAGGAUCAUAUCUAUGGACAACAGCACAGAGAUCAGCAAUAUGACAACAACAGAGGACAGCGUGGCAAACACGCCAGCCAAAGGAAUCGAUUCCAGAGGCGUUGUUGAACUCUCAGCUGAAACUAUCAACAACAUCCUCAUAGGAAUCAUAAUAAUAGCCGUCGUUGGACUGGCAAUUGGCGUCAUCUGCAGACGAGAUUGCUGCGGUAUUAAGACUAAAAUGUGCCGAACGCGAACCAGAAGACCAGCGCCGACAGAUCAAGUGAGACCAGCCGAAGAGGUGCCACUGAACAAGAUAGGCUAGUCACAGAUGUUAAGAUCGCACUGCAAAAGAAGCGCUUUCCUUCGUUCAGAAGGAUGUGAAAUCGAAUUUAAGAAUUUUAUAUGUAAAGACACAAAAGAGCCACAGGAUAAAAAAAAGUGUUAGCAGAAAAGGUAGUGCGGAAGAUUUCUUUUACCAAAAGUGUGUAAAUAAUAAGGUUAAUAGUCACAAUUAUAUUAUUAAAAAAAAACCAACGAACAAAAUGUGUUGAUAUGCAUCAACAGUUUUUUUUUAAAUGAACAUAUAUUCUUGAACAUUGAGUUCAAUUUCUAUAAAUUAAUUUAAAAUGGUUUUGAAGGACCUUUUUUCUAUUAAGUAAAUAUGUGUGAAUGAUUUAGUUGCAGAAACCAAAAUUGUAUAGUUCUCUUCAGGUAUAGAUUAUCAAUGAUAAAAGAAUAUUAUUUGUAUUAUCAAGAGGAUGAAUUGUAAAAUACAUAAGUUAAAUAAAUAAG